CCCAACCAAUUCUAAUCCAAUUCGGCAAUUCCUUCACAGAAAGCGUAACACCGAGAAUCGAUAGCAUAGAUAUAUUCCUUGUUUGUUCUACCUUUUAGUUUUGCAUCAUUCAAACAAUCACGAAAUGAUUUCGUCGUGGAGAAGGCUAAGAGCUGGUCGCCGUGCCGCUAAGGACCAGGGACGAGGCGAGAAUGGAGACUUGGAGCUGACGAUACCGACCCAUUUUCGUUGCCCAAUAUCUCUAGACUUGAUGAAAGAUCCAGUCACGUUGUCCACGGGGAUUACGUAUGACCGUGAGAGCAUUGAAACUUGGAUUGAGGCCGGGAACCAGACUUGUCCUAUUUCUAACCAGGCGUUGAAGAGCCUUGAGCCAAUACCAAAUCACUCCAUAAGGAAGAUGAUACAAGCUUGGUGUGUUGACAACCAAUCCUAUGGAAUUGAGAGGAUUCCCACGCCUCGGAUUCCUGUCAGUUCGGUGGUGGUUUCGGAAAUUCUUUCGAAGAUAACGAUGGCAAGCAAACGUGGAGAACAGGAAGUGUGCCUCCAAUUGGUGGCGAAGAUCAAGGCAUUGUGGAAGGAAAGUGAGCGCAAUAAGCGGUGCAUCAUGGCCAAUAACACGGGCAGUCUUCUCUCCGCUGCGUUCGAAACAUUCGCUAAAGCAUCUUUCAAUAGAAAUGAAGCGGUAUUGGAUGAAAUAUUAUCGGUUUUAGCUUUGCUUUUCCCAUUGGAUGGAGAGGCCAUAUCCUGUCUUGGAUCAGCAGCUUCAUUGCAUUGCAUGGUACAGUUUUUGAAGGGUGGAGAUUUGUCGGGGAGAAGAAAUGCGGUUUUGGCCUUAAAGGCGAUCCUUUCAUCGGAUGAGAGUAAAGUAAACGCAUUAUCGGAGAUUGAAGGAUCUUUAGAAGCAUUAGUGAAGCUGAUCAAAGAGCCCAUUUGCCCUUCCUCCACAAAUGCUUCAUUGAUGGCCAUAUAUUACAUGGUUAAUUCCUUAGUUCCAAAGGAAACAAUCAUUGAAAGAUUCGUGGAGAUGGGCUUGGUUUCUUUGCUGCUAGAAAUGCUCGUAGAUGCCGAAAGAGGCAUAUGCGAGAAGGCACUGGGUGUUCUUGACGGGAUAUGCAGAAGUGAGAAAGGGAGAGAGAAGCCUUACAACCAUGCUUUGGCCAUACCAGUUUUAGUGAAAAAGAUACUUCGGGUAUCAGAUUUAGCAACAGAGUUCUCGGUGUCCAUCAUUUGGGAGCUCUGCAAGAAUGAAAAGAGGGAAGAGGCCGGAGGAAUACUUGUUCUUGAAGCGCUUCAAGUGGGUGCCUUUCAGAAGCUGCUGUUGCUCUUACAGGUUGGUUGUGCAGAGAGAACAAAGGAGAAGGCCACGGAGUUGUUAAAAUUGUUGAAUCUUCAUAGGGAUAGGCUGGAGUGUAUUGACUCUAUGGAUUUCAAGGAUCUCAAAAGGCCAUUUUGAUUCAAUUGAGGCAACCAACGUUUAAAGUAGUUCUGAGACAAGGGAAAUUAUAGACAAGGAUAUGUAUAAUACAUAAUUCAUUACUUAAUUUUACAGUUCAUUAAUGUACAAAGCACAAAAUAUGUUUUGUUU